CUUAUUUAUCGGUUUUUUUUAUUAUUAAUCAAGAUUUUAUUGACCUAAUCGAUUUCGGUGUAACAUUUAAUCACAUUUGGCAUUGUUCAGGACAUUAUUGACAUCAGGAAUGUCCAACAUUCUUUUAGUUGUCUUGAGCCUCGGGCUUGUGGCUGUGGCUGUAGGUGACCAUCCGCUCUCAUGGUACAGGGAGUUUCAGGAAAUCGAAUUCGAGGACGUUCCAGCAACGAGAAACGAUGAACGCGCUUACAGGUUACCUACAACCGUAGUGCCUUUGGAUUACGAUAUUUACCUCGAUCUAUUCUUCGACGAAAGACCUGACAGACCCUUCAGCUAUGAUGGGUCUGUUGAUAUUGUCAUCCAGGCUAAAGUUGAAAACGUCAAACAAAUUGUGUUACAUGCAAAUGUGGAAAAAGUUGGUGAAGUAAAACUUAAGAACCUGGCCGGAGCCGAAGUAAUAUUGGACAGUGAAAAACCAACUGAAAGAGAAACAUUGUACCAUUUCUUGAAGAUCAAUGUGCAAGAUCCAUUAACUCCUAAUGUCAAUUAUACUUUGCACAUCGACUAUACUAAUAAAAUGAAUGAAGGCCCAAUGAAGAGAGGAAUUUGGAGAGGAUGGUACAUCGAUGAAAACAACGUCGAAAGAGUCUACGCUACGACGCACUUCCAGCCUUACAAUGCAAGACAAGCCUUCCCGUGCUGGGACGAGCCCCUCUUUAAAGCUGUAUUCAAGAUGCACAUUUCCAGACCAUCUGGUUACACUGGCAUUUUCUCCAAUACCGUCCCUACUGGAAAUUCUCUAUUACUCAACAAUCGCACAAGUACUGACUUUGCUGCCACUCCUGUGAUGUCAUCGUACCUCGUGACUUUCCUCGUCAGUGAAACAUUCAAAGUGAUAGCCCAAGACACGUCCUUCAAACCACCAAUCAGAAUCAUUGGUAGAUCCAACACUUAUGGUCUUGCUGACCACGUUUUGGAACUCGCCGUAAAAAUGACAGAAUUUUUCGACAAUUAUUUCGGCAUCCCAUACGCGAAGCUUCAUCCUAAUUUGUUGAAUGAUCACGUUUCAUCACCUGAUUGGGCUUCUGCCGGAACUGAGAACUGGGGUAUGGUUAGUUAUAGGGAACUGUACAUGAUCAUCAAUAAGAAUGAGACAAUAAUGUCGGUCGAGCAUUACGCUGCCACCCUCGUCUCCCAUGAGCUCGCCCACAAGUGGUUUGGCAAUCUGAUCACGUGCUACUGGUGGAGUAACACUUGGAUUAACGAGGGAUAUGCCAGUUAUUUCGGCUACAUCGCAACUAAUGCUAUGUUCCCUCAAUAUGAGUUCCCUGAUCACUUCAACAGCCGCUACCUUCAAACAUCACUGGCAUUCGACUCAAGCCCUAGCACAGUGCCCCUAAACCAUGAAGUAAACACUCCUCUUCAAGUCACAGGACAUUUUGGCACCAUCAGCUACUCCAAAGCUGCUUCCUUCCUCAGAAUGACAGCAAAUAUCAUGUCAUUGGAAACUUUCAAGAAAUCUUGCCAAUACUUCUUGAUGGCCAAUCUUUACAAACCUACUGAUCAAUUUGAUCUUUUGAAAGCAAUGAAUGAUGCUAUAGUUGAUGACAACAGCUUGGAAAACUAUCCUGGAUUCAAUUUUUCUGACUACUAUCGCAUUUGGGUAAACGAGCCUGGAUACCCUCUUCUGACUGUUAAAAUUAGUUACGAUACAGGAGAUAUGACGCUUGAACAGGAGCGAUUUUUCUUGAAUCCAGCUUUGGAGACAACUGACCAGGUGUAUCCCAUUCCAAUCACUUAUACAACACGCAGAAUAUCCAACUUUACUUACUUGAGACCAUCUCACAUGAUGACUACCCGAAGUACCGUCAUCUCGAAACCCACUGUCGGAGAAGAAUGGGUUAUUUUCAACAUUCAACAACAAGCUCACUACAGAGUUAAUUAUGAUCAAAGGAAUUGGGAAUUAAUUAGUGACGCUCUCCUUAAUCGUCCAGAUAGUAUUCAUUACUUAAAUCGAGCCCAGAUCGUGGAUGAUGUGUUCGCUUUAAUGAGGUCUGAAAGAAUUACCAUACAGUUUGCCCUACACAUCUUGAGGUUCUUGGCAAAGGAAACCAACAACCACGUUUGGGAGCCUGCCAUCAGUGGCUUCAACUGGAUGAGAGCCAGGAUCAGGCACAUACCUGAGAAGCAAGCCGAGUUUGAUGCCUACGUCCUAGCUCAAAUGGAGCAUGCAAUCACGACUUUAGGAUUUGAGCCAAAAGGGGGUGAGUCACCGACAGUCACCAUGGCAAGGCAGAGCAUACUUCACUUUGCUUGCUUGCUGGGCCAUGAGAAAUGCGUGCAGGAAUCUUGGGACCGAUUCUAUGAUUGGAGGGUCAAUCAGAAACCAGUCAACUCGCGUGUUCGUCGCAACGUGUAUGUAACGGGUAUAAGAGAAGGGGAUGUAGAAGACUUCAACUUCUUGCUAUCUAAAUUCAGAGAGUCAAACUAUGCUAACGAUCAGCUGGAAAUGUUAAGAGGAUUAGGAGCUGCGAAGGACCCUGAAUUGCUAACCAGUUAUUUAAAACUUACACUAACUAAGGAAGUGAGGUCCCACGACAAACUGAACACAUUCAACUAUGCUCUACUGGGUAAUCAAGAUAAUUACAAGACUGUCAUGCAGUUUGUUAAGGACAAUAUCGAAGAAAUAAGAAUUAAGUACAUUGAGGAUUCCCCAGCCCGACCAGUCCAUUCCGCAUUGUCCAACCUAGCUGGAUACAUGGAUGAACCUGCAUUAGUUGAUUACGAAGCGUGGUUAGAAUCACAGCAAAAUCUACCUCAGCUCGCAACAGCAAAGAACGCUAUCGCAUCGGCACGUACGAACAUGGCGUGGGGUACAGCUAAUGUCGACAAAAUCCUAGAAGCCACGAGAAGUAGUGCAACUAAAACUGUGACGUCACUGUUCAUGUUAAUCGCCAUGACAGUCCUCCUUCGCGUUAUUUAGAAAUAGUAGAAUAAAUAAGAAAUUGUUGUACAAAAAUAAUUAUUUUUUGUAAUAAAUCGUUUUUGUUGUUA